CUUAUUAUACCUCUCAUCUCUCUUUUUAGAUUCUCAUAUAUACAAUAUAUGUACUAUACUUAAACUUAUGUGACAAGUCCUAAUCUCUGUUUAUCUCAGACAAUGGAUUAUGUUGGCAGUGGAAUGCUUCUUUUGUUGACAUGCAUUGUCGCAUGCUUCAUUGGUUCACUUUAUGCAAGAAGCAGAAAAUCAAACUACAGACUUCCACCUGGACCUUCCAUUUUCACUAUUAUGUCGCAUGUUUUUGAAUUAUACUAUAAGCCACAACAAACACUUGCUAAAUUUGCUAUGUUUUAUGGUCCUGUUAUGCUUAUUAAGUUAUGCACUGAGACCACUGUGAUUAUUUCAUCAUCAGAUAUGGCCAAAGAAAUUCUUCAUACUAAUGAUUCUUUGUUCACUGAUAGAUCUGUUCCUGAUAACACAACUACUCAUAAUCACAACAAUUUUAGCUUAGUCUUUCUCCCAUUUUCACCUCUUUGGCAACACCUUAGAAAAAUAUGUCACAAUAAUUUAUUCUCUAAUAAGACUCUUGAUGGAAGUCAAGAACUUAGACGUAUGAAAUUGAAAGAUCUUCUUAAUGAUAUGCAUAAAAGCAGCUUAAAAGGUGAAACUGUUGAUAUUGGAAGAGCUGCUUUUAAAGCUUGCAUUAAUUUUUUGUCAUAUACUUUUGUGUCUCAAGAUUUUGUUGAGUCAUUGGAUGAUGAAUAUAAGGACAUAGUUUCCACUUUAUUGAGUGCUGUUGGAACACCAAACAUUGCUGAUCAUUUCCCUAUAUUGAAGAUUCUUGACCCACAAGGCAUUAAAAGGCACACUACUAAAUAUGUUGCAAAAGUGUUCCAUGCCUUAGAUAUCAUAAUUGACCAAAGAAUGAAGCUAAGACAAAGUGAAGAUUAUGUAUCAAAGAAUGACAUGUUAGACUCAUUGUUGGACAUUUCCAAAGAAGAUAGCCAAAAGAUGGACAAAAAACAGAUUAAACAUCUAUUACUUGAUCUGCUUGUGGCUGGAACAGAGACAUCAGCAUAUGGAUUAGAAAGGGCAAUGACUCGAUUAGUACACGAUCCAAAGGCUAUGUCAAAAGCAAGAAAGGAACUUGAGGAAACUAUUGGAUUAGGAAAUCCAAUUGAGGAAUCCGACAUUGACAGACUUCCAUACUUAAACGCAGUGAUAAAAGAGAGUUUGCGUUUACACCCUCCAGCUCCAAUGUUGCUUCCUCGAAAAGCAAGAGUAGAUGUGGAAAUAUCAGGUUACACAAUUCCAAAAGGUGCACAAGUUCUGAUCAAUGAAUGGGCUAUUGGUAGAACAGACAUAUGGGAUGAUGCUGAUUCGUUUUCACCUGAAAGAUUUUUAGGAUCUGAAAUCGAUGUCAAAGGUCGCCACUUUAAACUUACUCCGUUUGGUAGUGGAAGACGAAUAUGUCCCGGCUCACCACUUGCUGUUAGAAUGUUACAUUUGAUGUUGGGAUCAUUAAUCAAUUCCUUUGAUUGGAAACUUGAAAAUAAUAUGGAAGCAAAGGAUAUGAACUUGGACAAACCUCUAAGAGCUAUUCCAGUUGCACUAAACAAAGUAUAUUAAGUGAUUAACUAAUGAAUGUAAUCUCUUUGUGUAACACCUCUACUUUAAGGUGUGCAAUUGUCUUUCUUUAUUUUGAUCUAAGCCAAUUUAGUUUGUUGUUUGAGUCGGCUUAUGUGCCUCCCAUAGUUUGAAGCCUUUGUAUGGGAUGUAAAACAGGUUCGGCUUUAAUCAAUAAAUAUUGAAAAUUUACCUCUUUAUUGUUCUGAA